GUCAUAGCGGUCGACGCUUUGACCCGCAGUUUCCGUGUAGCUUACGAUACUGCGCGCCGGAAAGCUACAUGAUAGCUUAGAAUCGACCCAAAUCAAAACAAAAGUAAGGCAUGAACACGACUUGAUCAUCAGGAUUCAAACUCGGUUUGAAGGAUCGUCAGCAAGGUGUUUUGAUAGUCACAGGACUUACAAAUUACUGUUUAGAAAAGUGCAAUUAGCCUUUUUUCCCCUCCACUUUUCUUAUUUGACCAGUCAAGUUAAGGCUAAGUCAGGCCCAGGUAGCAUUAGCUGUGGCGCGUCGUAUUUGUCUGCACAGAAAAGCAAGGAAUGAGUGAUGACUUCUGUGGUGGUGUCAGAUGGAGGAGGGAAUAUAGUGGAGUAUGUCACCAUGGUGGAGGAGCCUCAACAAUGUGAGCAGCAGCCUACAGAAGAGGAGGAGGAAGAUGACGAAGUCAUUCAGCAGGAGGUAGAGACAGUGAUUGUGGGAGAAGGUGAGGAGGAAGUCCUUCAGCAGGAGGUAGAGGCGGUGAUUGUGGAUGGUGGUCAUGAGGUGGAAGAGACGGGACCUGUAAUAGUCCAGGAGGGAGGCUGUCCUGCGGUGAUUGUGGAAGAGGUGGCCACUGCCCAAGUGGAGGAGUGUUACUCUGCACAGGUUCUAGUCUAUGACAACGAGACUUACCUGAUGCAGGAUGUGGCUGAAGAGCAGGAGGUUGUCACAGAGACUGUCGAGAUCUCAGGCCAGGACAUGGUGUGUUUUGAUAAAACAUUUGAAGCAGCUGAAGCUCUUCUCCAUAUGGAGUCCCCUGGAGGGUUGCAAGACCGCAACACGGCGGAAGACGUGAUGAUGGAGACUGUAGUGGAGGUUUCUACAGAGUGUGGACCCAUUGAGGAGGAGGAAUCCUUCCCUAUCCCGCCUGAUUGUGAACCUGUUUCUAAAAAGAAGAAAGGAGGCGGGCGUAAGACAAAGAUACACCAACCUACAUCCAAUGGUUCCUUUGAACUGGGGAUGAAGAAGAGACAAAGGGAAGGAAAAGGCAACACCACCUACCUGUGGGAGUUUUUGCUGGAGCUGUUGCAGGACAAGAACACUUGUCCUCGGUACAUUAAGUGGAUGCAGCGGGAAAAGGGCAUCUUCAAACUGGUAGACUCCAAGGCUGUCUCCAAACUUUGGGGAAAACACAAGAAUAAGCCCGAUAUGAAUUAUGAAACAAUGGGGCGAGCCCUGAGAUAUUAUUACCAACGUGGCAUCCUUGCAAAGGUGGAGGGUCAGAGGUUGGCUUACCAAUUCAAAGAUAUGCCAAAGAAUAUUCGGGUCAUUGAGGAUAAUGACGAAGGUGAAGACAGCGAGCAUAUGUUGUCCAGCCAGCAUGGUUCUGAAAUCCUGGGCAUCAACCCGACUGCUGCCUACCAACCUCAGCAGACCUAUGUCACAAUCAUCCCCAACAGCAGCACCGCCAGGCCCAUUCGUGCCAUGCCUGUGGUCAUGACCAACUCUCUUGGUCAAGUGACAUUAAACUCUUCCCCCAUCCUAACCACCACCCCAGGAGCGCCAGUUACGGUAGCUAGCGCGCCACAGAAAUUGGUCAUUCAGACCCUGCCCACCGUGCUCCCGUCUGGUUCCAAAGCAGGUGAGAAAAUAACAAUCAUCACAAUCCCGGCGAACCAGCUCGCCACGCUCAUGCAGGCAAAUCCGUCGGGCCAGGUGACCCAGCUGGUACAGGCCAAACCUGUCGCAACGCAAUUAGCUCAGACUGUCACAAAGCCCUCAACAACUUCUACAGUCCAUCUAGCGACUGGCACACCAGUGCCACAGCUCAUCCUAGCCAAACCGCAGGUCUCUGUACAUGUCCAAAGUCCCGCCCAGCUGAAGAAGUCGUCCGGCAGUCAGCCGCAAGCAGCACAAUCGGAGGCGCCGUCCCUCUCCAGUCAACCGGUAGCGGCCGACGAAAGCCCGGCUUCAUGAGAAGUCGAGCCUGAGCUAGAAUGAGCGACAGACUGUAAACGCUGCAGGAGCGCACUUACAUCCCUUCCCAUAGGCACGGGCUGCUCAUGGACAAUUGCAACCAUACAGAAAAUGAAUGAAAUUAUGAUGUGAAUAGACGAUGCUCACAGAGGAUGGGCAGCCUUAGAUUGCAAAUGAAUCAAGUGGCGUUUGCAAAAUUCUAUAAACGAAGACUGUAAAUGGAAAUGUACAAAGCAUUUUGAUACACAGGUAUGUUUCUUUUAGGUUGAGUUUGUUCUGUUGAUGUCAUCUUUGUUUCACAUGUUUAUUCUUGUCUGAAGACUUCUGCCUUUCCCCUGCACUAUUAAAAACAUUUUUUUUUUAAACUGCAAUUCAAAAGGGAGUUAAAAGAUGUCUAUAUCCAAAUAAAAAAGUUGGAUUUGUGCUCCAGGUUUAAAGUAUAAUCUAUUAUUUGUUGUACUUUAAUUUUACAAAAAAAAAGUGCUAUAAUGAGGAGGGGGGAAAAAAUCAUCUUUCACUUUGUCAUUACCGCUGCAAAAUGUCAGAAGAGAUUAUGUUCUUGGUGGGUUGUGCAGUAGAGGUUUUUGAUAUACAGUGGUAUGAAAAAGUAUCUAAACCUUUUGGAAUUUCUCAUAUUUCUGUAUGAAACCACCAUCAAAUGUGAUCUGAUCUUUGUCAAAAUCAAAAUUAUUAAUACAAUCUUUAUUAUUAUUAAAAUCACACAAUGUAAAAUCAGUUUAACUAAAACCACCCAAACAUAUAUAGGUUUUCAUAUUUUAAUGAGGAUAGCAUGCAAACAAUGAGUGAAGGGGGAAAAAAUAAGUGAACCCUCUGCCUAAGGAGACUAAAAGAGCAAUCGAAACCCAUUUUUACUUAACAUUUAAGUCAGGUGUGUGCCUAAUCACUGAUGAGUGGUUUCAUGCUUCCCUGCCCACUAUAAAACACACACCUGGUAAGAAUUGUCUUGCUGGGAAGCAUUGUCUGAUGUGCAUCAUGGCUCGGUCAAAAAGCUGGAGAACUGCGAUCAAGCAUUAGCCUAAAGCUGGGAAAGGUUACAAAACCAUCUCUAAAAGUCUGGAUGUUCAUUAAUCGACAGUCAGAGAAGUUUUCUACAAAUGGAGAGAGUUGGCACAGUUGCUUCUCUCCCAUGGAGUGGCCGUCCACCAAAGAUGCCAAGGGUUCAGCGCAGAAUACACAGAGGUAAAAAAGAAACCUACAGUGUCUGCUAAAGACUUGCCGAAAUCACUGGCGCAGUCCAAUAUCUCUGUGCACGCAUCAACUAUAUGUAAAACUAUGGCCAAGAAUGGUGUUCAUGGGAGGAUGUGAAGGAAGCCACUCCUGUCUAAAAAAAAAAAAAAAAAAUGUUGCUCGUUUGAUGUUCGCAGAAAGGCCCUUGGACACUUCACUGAAGUUUUGGCAAAAAUAUUUUGUGGACUGAUGUAACCAAAGUUGAAUUGUUUGGGAGUAAAACACAACGUCAUAUAUGGAAAAAUGUAACAGCCCACCAACAUCAACACCUCAUCCCUACCGUGAAGCAUGGUGGAGAGAGCGUCAAGAUUUGGUGCUGUUUUGUUACCUCAGGGCCUGGACAGCUUGCAAUCAUUAAUAGAAGAAUUGAUUCAAAAGUUUAUCAGGGUGUUUUGCAGGAAAACCUGAGGCCGUCGCUCACACUGUUGAAGCUAAAUAGAAGAUGGAUGCUGCAACAAGACAGUGAUCCAAAACACAGAUAUAGUUCAACUUCAGAAUGGUUUCAGAAGAACAAAAUUCACGUUUGGCCAAGUCAAAGCCCAGACUUGAACCCCAUUGAGAUGCUGUGGCAUGAACUAAAGACAGCGAUUCAUGCCAGACGUCCCAGCAAUCUGACUGAACUACAGCAGUUUUGUAGAGAAGAAUGGUACAAGAUUAGUCCUUAUCGAUGUGCCAGACUGAUCUUCAGCGACAGGAAGUCUCUGAUUGAAGUUAUUGCUGCCAAAGGGGGGCCACACUAUAUUAAAUGUGAUGGUUCACCUCCUUAUUUUUCCCCCUUUCUGUCAUAGUUUGCAUACUAUCCUCAUUAACCCUUUAUUGCCAAAUGUAUCACAUUUGUUACACCUAAAAUUUCAUGAUUUUGAUUCAGAAUUUUGACAUUUCUUUUUGGGAAAAAAAAUGGAUGCAAGUCAACGCAUGCAUCUGCAGGUUGCAUGGGGGGGACAGGAUUUAGCUAGGGUUAUAGAUAUUAGAGACUUAUUACACAUUCAUUUUAACUUUUUUUUUUUUUAUUACCAAUUUGGGGAAAAAAGGUUACAUUAGGACCUUAUUUUUCAAAUUUUGGGAUUCUUCAAUAAUUGCUUCAUGUUGCAGGUCUUUAAGGGUUAAAACAUGAAAACCUAUCAUGUUUGGGAGGUUUUAGUUAAAGCGGGCACUGUUUUUUCAUCUGUGUGAUUUUGACAAAGACCAAAUCACAUUUGAUGGCGAUUUUAUGCAGAAAUGUGAGAAAUUCCAGAAGGUUGAGAUACUUUUUCUAUACCACUGUAUAUCCCAAAGUUCUCAAAGGGGCACCAAUGGCACAAGUAAAUAUAAAUAAUGAAAAAAGUCAUUUUGAAUUGAACGGCUGCGCACCCACCAACAUUUUGAAAGUGUCAAGUUCAAAUGAGAACAAAAUGCCCUCUCAGAAAAAUGAAGACUACUUACGCCAGCACACUACGCAUCUUGGUCAAUAGUCCGUUUGAGUGAACUGACUCAUAAGAAGUAAGAUUUGUUUAAAAGAUCAACUCACCAAAUUGUUCCAAUGAUAUAUGUACACAUGCAUUUUUGAAUUUUUUUUUAAAUUUAACUUUAUUUUACAUCUUUUUCCGUGUGCUUUUUUUUUUUUUGUGGUUUGCCUCCAUAUAUUAGCUAUUUGAACAGAAAAAUGGAUGCUGUUGAAAGUCUCCGUAGGAUGAGACAAGUGUAUCAAUCACGGCGGACAAUUAGGUUCAAUGACUGACUGAAAAAGCUCUCAUUGGGUGAUUGGUAUGUGAAAAAGUCUUGCAGAAUGGAUCACUGGCUGACUGAAAGUAGCUUCGUUCGUUCAAUUAUUUGUUUAGUGCAUAAACAGGAAGUGACGUGGCGGAACAAAUAAAUGACUGACUGAAAAAGCUGUUUUGUUUAUUCAAUUAUGGUUUCAUCAGUGAACAAGAAGUGACAGCAAUAUUCUGUAGUUACCGUUUUUUCUGCACUAUUAGGCGGAUCAGAGUAUAAGACGCACCUUCAACGAAUGGCCUAUUUUAAAACUGUUUUUAUAUAGUAUAUUCGGCACAUCUCAUUAUAAGGCGCAGUAGUAGUAGUAGUAAUGGUUUGGGGUUGCAUUAUGGGUAGACUUGAUAGAGCUGCGCUAAAGGGAAUGCCAUGAGUAACCAAAGUGAGGGAAGAAAAAUAUUUAAAGGCAUUGAAACCGGAAAACAUGCCAAUUAACGCCAUAUCUACACCUCGCAGGGUUUUUUAACACAGAGGAUAGUACCCUAAUAAGUCCGGGAAAAAUACUUACGUCUACACCAGCGUGUUUGUAUUAAUAAAAAAAAGCUUCUACAGCCAAUCGGAUUCAUUCAUUUUAAAGUAAAUUCAUCACAAUGCGCGAAAAAUAUUUGUCCAUAAUACCUCAUCCUUUGCACGUGUUCUUCAAUAUGAAGCACUGCAAGAGUUUGUAAAUAAAUGGAAGCAAAAAACACCUACUGCAAUUUUCGCACUAUAAGGGUAUUUAUGUGACUAUAAGCCGAACCCACCAAAUUUGACACAAAAUGACAUUUGUUCAUAGAUAAGACGCACCGGACUAUU